AAACCGAUUCGCGGAAGGUAGUCGGCUGCGACACAUCGGGUUUACCUGUUGCUUAGCAACUUAGAUUGCCUACGACAGAAAAUUCCAGUCUCUGGUAUAUUUCUGCAUGCAAAUCUCUAAUAUUCAUAAUGCCGGACGCUGCUUUGAGUUCAUACGGAGCGCAGGUCGUGCUGGCUACAUCCAGUGAUGAGAAUCACCCUCCCGAGAACAUCGUCGACGGAAAAACUGAGACGUUCUGGAUUUCAACUGGCGUUUUUCCACAAGAGCUUAUGAUCCGCUUUCCAGAUAACAAGAGCAUUUUCAAUGUUUCCAUUCACAGUUACAACAUCAAAAGGCUGAGAAUAGAAAAGGGUUCAUCAGACGAUGCGUAUCAAUGUGAAGCGGUUGCAGACACAGAGUUUGAGCACACAGAGAGCAGCCUACAGGCCAAUGAUAUUUCUGGGAGUUACAUCUCAAAGAAUAUCUUCAGAUAAAGCAAGAUACUCAAAACCAAGAUCUCACUUUUUUUCUUCUUCAGGUAGAUGUAUCAUGUACUACAACACAUCUGCGGUUUCUCAUACUGUCUGGAUAUGACCAUUUUGUCUCUGUACACAAAGUGAGUUUUCAAUCAUGAGAAAAUCUCCAUCUGGCAUUUGCUUCUGAAAACUCACACAAAGCAACCAAAGUAGAUCACUGUAUAUUUUUCUUAAUAAACAUUGCCCUAAUUUC